GGUGCGCAUGCGCAGAGCAAUACGUUUCCUGUUUUGGUAGCUCUCUCCUUAGCUUCUUCAUAAUACCUGUCACAUUGAGCUCGUUUCACUCUUUUUUUAAAGCUCCGUUCAAUGUCAGAGGUUCUGAAACAGACCCGAGAGUCCGGAAGUUUAUCAGAACUGUCGAACCUGAAGGAGUUUGAGUUACUAAUGUCGAGUUAGCUAAACUCGGCGAGUUAUUAAAGCGGACUUUGAGCCGAAAGUUCAAAGAGCUGCUGAGCGGAGGUCACCUUACAGCAGCGCUGCGUCUCUGACUCGUUUCUAUCACCACCUGAGGUCACGGUUGUUGUUCAGCUCCGUGACGAUGGCAAACCCUCUGAGGGCUGAAGUCCUCCGCCUCUAUAAAAAUCUCCUCUACCUCGGGCGAGAGUAUCCCAAAGGCGGCGACUACUUCAGGGACCGUCUGAGAGCUGCGUUCACUAAAAACAAGUCAGUCGACGACCCGGAGAAGAUCAAAGAGAUGAUCGCUCGAGGGGAGUACGUGACCCGAGAGCUGGAGGCACUUUACUACCUGAGGAAGUACAGAGCCAUGAAGCAACGCUACUAUAACGACGAGUGACGACCACCAGAGACUCUGACUGACUGAAAGUCAUAUCCACUGUUAUGUGUUCACGUCAUGAUUAAUGAAAGCUUUUCUGUUAAACAGCGAGUCAGGACACAACGCCAAACGUAAGAGGAAAAAGUAUUUUAAUGAAAUUUAUCAGCAGACUGAAAAUCUUUCUCUCCACAUAAAAAAAAACUUAAGAACAGCAGCAUCGAAGGUUUGAUCCCUGAAUUCAGUUCUGAGGUGAAACAAUUAAAUUAAAGUAUAAAACACA